AUGAUGUCUCUGUAUCAACUUAAAAUCAUCACCACCAUCUUCAUCAUCGUCCAUCAUCUCUUACCCAAUAUCAAUGGUAAAUUGCCCGCGCAGUAUUAUGAUAUCGCCGUUAGCUGCGGCUCCUACGGCAAAUCAACUGCACUCGACGGGCGACAAUGGAUUGGGGAUAUUUCAUCUCAAGAACCCAAACGCAAAUCAACAAUAAUCUCAAGAGCCAAUCCUUAUAUGACAUCCCAUUAUGACAGCUCGGUCGUCUCGUUCCAUGCAGAUCAUCCCAUUCCCUAUAUGACAGCUCGGUCGUCUCGUUCUCACUUCACCUAUACAUUUCAAGUCAACCCCGGCCAGAAAUUUAUUCGCCUGCACUUCUAUCCACAUUCAUACCCCGGCUUUGAAAGAUCCAAGUCUCUUUUUACUGUAAAAUCAGGUCCGUACACUCUCCUUAGCAACUUCAGUGCUUCCCUUACUGCUGAAUCUUUGGGUGUAAAAUAUUUUGCAAAAGAAUUCUGUGUCAACGUUGGAGAAAAUCAACUACUCAGCUUAACAUUCUCUCCGUCUGACGACACAACUUCUUUGGAUGAUGACGUUUAUGCUUUUAUUAACGGAAUUGAGAUCAUCUCCAUGCCUGACAGUCUUUAUUACACGCCCUAUGGUGAUUUGGGUGCUCGUGUCGUUGGCAACAAGUUAUGGUUCCUUAUUGAUAAGGAUACUGCUCUAGAAAUGGUUCACCGCUUAAAUAUCGGAGGAAGAUGUAUUUUGUCGAUAGAAGAUUUGGGCGGCAUGUUUCGCAUGUGGUCUGAGGACAAGAAUUACUUGUUACAAUCGGGUGUUCUACCACUUACCACCACUACUUUGAUCAAAUACGUUUCUACACCAACACACUUUGCACCACUACAAGUAUAUCAAACAUCAUGGUCGAUCCGUUCAACCGAACAAACAAAUCAGUGGUACAGCUUCACAUGGAAAUUACCGGUAGAUUUUGGAUUCAGAUAUCUGGUUAGGCUCCAUUUCUGUGAGCUUGAAAUCACCGAGAGCGGCCAAAAAAAGUUUGCGGUUUCAAUAAAUAAUAAGAUGGUUGAGACUAAUGCAGAUGUGAUCGAAUGGAGCGGUGGAAACAGAAUUGCAGUAUACAAGGACUAUGUAGCCAUGAUCCAAGGAGACCGAAUGAAGGGCAGCAGGCGAGAUCUAAUCAUAACUUUGCAGCACAAGUAUGAGUCAAAAGCUAAAACGAUUGACACAUUCCUAAAAGGUAUAGAGAUAUUUAAGUUGUCCAACCCCGACAACAAUCUCGCCGGUGCAAAUCCUGUUCCCACGACUUGUGCUCCAAGAUCUUCAAUCCCAAAACUCCGAAAAUUUGUUUCGGCUUUAGGCAAUAAAAAUGUGAUAGCAACAGGUACAAUACUGGUACUCACUUUCAUUGUUUAUCAUUUAAAUAUUUUGGAAUCAAACCCUAGCAAAACAAACAAUAUUUCGUCAUCGUUGUUGGAUGAGGAGUUGUGCCGACACUUUUCACUUGUUGAGAUGCAAUUGGCCACCGACUACUUUGAUGAUGCGAAUAUCAUUGGUAAAGGUGGAUUUGGCAAUGUUUUUAAAGGGCUCAUCGACAAUGGAACCAAGACUGUUGCCAUAAAACGGUUAAAAUCCGGGUCAGGACAAGGAGCUCGCGAGUUUCAGGCAGAGAUCAAUGUGCUUUCCAAGCUCUCGCAUAAUGAUCAUCUAGUCUCUCUGAUUGGCUAUUGUGAUGACUGUCCGGAGAUGAUCCUAGUCUACGAGUACAUGGAUAAUAGGAGUCUUGCUGACCAUCUCCACAAGACUAGUAGAAACCAUAAUGGUAGUAAUCCUCUUCCUUGGAAACGACGACUCAACAUUUGUAUUGGUGCUGCACGUGGGUUGGACUUCCUUCAUACGGGUAAUGGCGCCCACCAUGGAAUCAUACACCGCGACGUGAAGAGUGCAAACAUUUUGUUGGAUAGAAGUUGGGAAGCCAAAAUUUCGGAUUUUGGUUUAUCUAGAAUGUAUACUACAAGCCCGUCCCAGACCCACAUUAGCACAAUGGUGAAAGGCACGUUCGGGUAUAUGGAUCCAGAGUACUUCAACACUCAAAGACUGACAAAGAAAUCAGAUGUAUAUGCCUUUGGUGUGGUAUUGUUCGAAGUGCUGGGUGGGAGGCCGGCUGUGGAUUUAACUCUAGAGGAGGAGCAGCGUAGCCUAGCCCAAUGGGCCAAAAAAUGCCUAAGGAACAAAAAACUUGAUCAACUCAUUGAUCCCAGUGUGAAGGAGCAAAUUUCACCUCGUUGUUUAAAGAGGUUUGCUGAAAUUGCCAACAAAUGCUUGCAUGAUGAACCGAAUGAAAGGCCUGCAAUGGCUGAUGUCGUGAAGACAUUGGAAUUAAUUAGAAUGGAGUUGCAAGGAAUGCCCGAUGCAAAUCCUUUAUACCUCUUUCCUCAGCAAGCUGAAGUUCCACGUGCAACCCAAGCUCCUGCAAGUGGGCAGGCCGUAAACCCUUUAUACCUCUUUCCACAUGCACCUUGGAUUUCCGACGCAACAGUCAACAGGUAG